AUGAAGAAGGGCGCUUACAAUGGGUACUCGAGUGAUGAAAAAAAGGACAUUAAUAAGAAAAUUAAUGCUGGGAUCAUAAGAAAACGCAAUUCCCUGGUCAAGACAGGCCGCGGAGGUUCGAAAAGGCAUUGUGGUACGGAAAAGGACGUGAGGAAAGUGAAAAAGGCCAAUUAUGUGGUUAUGGGUAGUAAAUUAAGACAGGGACGAGCAGAACGAAGAGCAAACAGCUUGAAGAAGAGGAAAGGAGGGCAGAGCCGUGACAAUGCGGUGCGAGACUCAAGAGCAAGUGGAAAGGGAAAGCGGAUAAACCACAACGCAGGCUGGGAGGGAAGCAAUAGAGCACUGAUUGAAACCGUGCGGAUGAUGCAAGCAAAGCUCCCAACGCUUAAGAUUGGCAGUAUUGAGAAUUAUUGGGCGUUCAGGAGACAGUUUCAAGAAUUUUUUCUUGACACAUCGGCGCCCGCCAUGCACAAAUUAAACCAGUUAUACACCAGUUGUGACUGGGAGAUCCAAAAGCUUAUAUCUCAUUGCAUGGCACUGCCAGCAGAAAGGGGUCUGAAAGUAGCACUGAAAAUACUAGACAAAAGAUUUGGUGAUGAAAAUACGUACAUGAAUCAGUCGCGGGAGAAGUUAAUUAGAGGACCCAAAAUAAGAGAGAAUGAUUACCGGGCACUCUCCAUAAUGUGUGGUCAACUGACGUCAUUCAUUUCAUUUGCGGAAAACUUGGACAAACUGAUUGAGAUUGACAAUCAGCCAACAAUCAGGGACAUUGUAUUGAGGUUGGAUGAUGCCAUGAAAAACCGUUGGAAUGCGUAUUGGACAGGAAAAAGGGGUGGACACACUAAGCAUAUAAAGGAUGUCCUGAGGUUUCUGGAAAGAGAGACCAAGAGAGUUGAAAAUGAACUUGUCCUUAAUGAAACUUACAACUCAGAGACCCAAAGACUGUACACUGGAACACAGGAGACUCGGAGGGAGGCUACAUCCACUUCUGGAAUGAAGCGCGAUCAUAAGUACCCAAACAAACCAUACUCUCGUGAAGUGUCUCUUAUUACACAAAGUGAACCAUCCACAAGGUUUAGUGGGGGGAGAGGUGUUACUGACAGGUGUCGUUUAUGUGGAGAGAAUCAUAUGCUUCCCUUGUGUGAGGUGUUCAAGCUAUUGCCUGUGGAGCAUCGCAGAAAGAUAGCAACUGCAAUGGACGUCACUCCAGGUGGCUUCAUGAAGCCUCAAGGGACAACUGGGUUCGUAGAGGACCUGAAACUCUUGGACAGUAUAGAAGAACUGAGGUCUCAAAGGGCAAGAAUUACAACUUGUGCUUUACUGGAUUCAGGCAGUACCCGCUCAUUCUGCUCAAGGAAAGUUGUAGAGCGACUAAGGCUAAGAGAAAAGAGGCAAACCACAAUAAUUACCACCCUUUUAGACAAGGAUCAACAAGAGUCAACAUGUGUUGAGCUAAUGGUCACAAGCUUAUAUGGAAAGAAGACAACUCCCUUAAGGCUGACGGAGGUUAUUGUUAUGGACUCCCUGCCUGACAGUCUAAUGGGGACCAAAGCAGACCCAGACAAGACGGCUAAAUGGAUGCAUUUGAAAGACUUGGCACAUAUACACAGACAGGUGAAAUAUCUAUCAGUAGAGUUGCUGAUCGGACAGGAUUCUCCCCAAGCACUGACACCUAUUGAAGUUCGGAGAGGACAAAAUGGGGAGCCAUUUGCAAUCAGGACGAAGUUAGGUUGGUCUAUAAACGGUCCGCUAGACAUGACCAAAGGGGAGGCUGUAAAUUUUGGCGUUUUUGUGGAAGAAGUACCAAGGAAUGAACCUCAAUGCCCUUUGUUGGAAAAGGCAAUGAAGCGAUUCUGGGAAAUAGAUGAGGGUGAAGACCCAGAUAAGAGAGGACUGUCAGUGGAAGACGAACAAGUUAUAACUAUGUGGAAAAGAGAAGGGAACAGAGUCGGAAACCAUCACCAAUUUCCGAUACCCUUCAGGGAAAGGGAUCUUUCCAUGCCAGACAACUUAUCAAUGGCUCUCAGAAGAUUAGGAGGACUGAAGGCCAGGUUGAUGCGUGAUAAAGAACUUAUGAGACGUUAUGUCAAAGAGAUGGAGGAAUUGGUAAGAAAGGGAUAUGCUGAAAAGGUUCUAGACAGGGGAGCUCAUCAUGGAAAAAUGUGGUAUCUCCCGCAUCAUCCAGUGUUUAACCCAAAUAAGCCUGAGAAGACACGUAUUGUAUUUGAUUGUGCCGCUAAGUUCAAUGGGGUUACUCUAAAUAAUCAAAUUAUGCAGGGACCUGAUAUGAUAAACGAUCUUAUAGGAAUCCUCAUUCGUUUCAGGGAAGGGAGGGUGGCACUGUCUGCAGAUAUUGAAGCCAUGUUCCAUCAGGUUUUGGUAGAUCCAAAGGAUCGUGAUGUCUUAAGAUUUCUCUGGUGGCCACAAGGUGACUUUGCAAGACCACCUAUCCCAUACCGGAUGACCAGACAUCUUUUCGGGGGAGUGUGGAGCCCCGCAUGUGCUGCCUUUGCACUUCUUAAAACUUUGGAGGAAGGCGGGACGAGGUCCAAUAACGCCAAACGAUGUUUCUAUGUUGAUGACCUUCUGUUGUCUACUGACUCAGAGGAUGAGGCCAAACUCUAUAUUCAGGAAUUACAAGAAGCCUUGAAGAACGGAGGUUUUCAUUUAACAAAAUGGAUGUCCAAUUCUAAGAGAGUGGUGACUGGAGUCCCACAGCAAGAAAGAAGUCCCGGCGUUAAGAAUAUUGAUCUGACGAAAGACGAAUUGCCUAUGGACAGAGCAUUAGGGGUGCUAUGGAACCUAGAAGAUGACAAUUUGAAAAUAUCGGCAACUCCUCCAGACAAUCCUCUAACCAAAAGAGGCAUCCUGAGCACCAUGAGCUCUGUGUUUGACCCAUUGGGAUUUAUAACUCCCUUUACUGUUAGGGCUAAGAUGAUUUUUCAAGACGAAGUACGCAGGAAAGAAGGAUGGGAUAAACAACUCUCAGAGGAAAAUGUUAAAAGAUGGACCUCGUGGCUAACGGAACUUGAAGAUAUAAAGGAGUUCUACAUGAACCGUUGCCUACUUCCUCUCCGAUUUGGACGGCUCAUAAACGCACAGCUCCAUCACUUCUGUGAUGCUUCAGCUAAAGCUUAUGCAGUGGUGACUUACGUGAGGCUGCAAGAUGACAGUGGACUCACUCAAUGCAGUUUUGUCAUGGCACGCUCCAGACUAGCGCCCAUCAAAACUACCUCCAUACCCCGAUUAGAAUUGUGUGCUGCGGUUCUGGCAGCUGGAGCUGAGGCCAAGAUACGAAAGGAAAUCUCUCUGGAGAUCAGGAAUUCUGUUUUUUGGACAGAUAGCAUGAUUGUUUUGCAAUACAUCAGAAACACUUCAAGACGUUUCCACACCUUUGUGGCCAACAGGUUGGGAAUCAUUCACAGAAUAUCAUCACCACAGCAGUGGCGUCAUGUGAACUCUGAGGACAACCCAGCUGAUGAUGCCAGCAGAGGACUGUCUGCUCAAAGACUGUUAAUGAGUGGAAGGUGGAAAAAUGGCCCCAGCUUUUUAGACCUACCUGAGGACUCCUGGCCACCUGUACCAUGUGACAAUGAUGACCUAGGUGAAGAUCCAGAAGUAAAGAGGGAGAGCACAGUCAUGAUGCUAAAGGGGAAAGAACCAAAUGGGUUCGAUAAACUCCUAGUUUGGUAUUCAUCCUGGUACGCUCUACAAAGAGCGGUAGCCUAUUUCCAUCGCCUCUCAACAUGGAUAAUGGAAGGUCGCCCCAGGCUGGAAAAAUCCCAACUUAAAGUAACAGAACUACAGUCAGCACGAACAACAAUCAUCAAGUAUGUACAAAGGGUUUGUUUUGGGGAUGAUAUUGAGACACUUCGUAAUGGAAAACUUACUAAGAAAAGCAAACUCUACCGGCUAGAGCCAAUGCUUGAUGACCAUGGUGUAAUCCGAGUUGGAGGUCGCCGUCUGGAUGAACAUAGUGAAUGUAGUGAAAAGCCCAUCCUCCUUCCUAAAAAUCACCCCGUAACAAACUUAAUUGUCCAGGACAUACAUAUAUUUGUAGCAAGACACUCGGGUAGGGAACAUACCUUGGCCAACUUGAGGAGACAUUAUUGGAUAGUGGCAGGGCGACCCUUAAUCGAUCGCGUCCUGAGGAACUGCUUCACUUGUCGCCGGGUUAAUAGCAAACCCCUCACACAGCGACAGGGUGAAUUGCCUUUGGAAAGAAUAUCAGCUGAUAGUCCACCUUUCACCCACACUGGAGUAGACUGUUUUGGGCCCUUUAACGUGACGUAUAUGAGAAGAACCGUGAAGCGUUUUGGAUGCGUUUUUACUUGCCUCAGUUCGAGGGCUGUACACCUUGAAUUACUGCAUUCCCUUGAUACAGAUGAAUUCCUCAACGCUCUCAUGCGAUUCAUGGCAAGGCGGGGCACCCCCAAAAAGAUCUUCUCUGACAGAGGAUCUAACUUUCAAAGAGCCAACAAAGACAUACAAGCAAAGACACGCAGCUGGGUUAAAGAUGAUAAGAUAUGCAACGCGUUACACAGAAGAGACAUCGAGUGGGUUUUCCACCCGCCCAUGGCCUCCCACAUGGGUGGUGUAUGGGAACGGCAAAUUCGGUCUAUAAGGAAAGUCUUAGCCUCUAUUAUUGGUAUACAAAAGAUUGAUGAUAGCAGGUUGCACACAUUGUUCUGUGAAGUCGAAGCCACACUCAACAGUCGCCCACUAACUGCUGCACCGGGUGACGCCUCUGAGCCUGAGGCUCUUACGCCAGAUCAUAUACUUCGGCUAGGAAAGGACUUCCAUUUACCUAUAGAUGACGUUUCCCAAGGUGAAAUUCUUCGUAGACGAUGGAUUCAUGCACAGGCGUUGGCAGAUAGAUUCUGGAAGCGUUGGAGAACAGAAUAUCUCCACUCUCUUCGGAUGCGGCAGCGUAAGAUUGAGCCCUCCCGCAACCUGUGCAAUGGUGAUGUAGUCCUCAUUACUGAUCCCCAUCUCCCAAGGAACCGGUGGCGUCUGGGAAGAGUUAUCCAGGUAUUCCCAGGCCCCGAUGGCUUAGUCAGAAAGGUUCGUCUGCAUACUAGCUCUGGAGAUCUAAUCCGGCCCAUCGUGAAGCUAUGCCUUUUGGAAAUGGAUAUCGAUUCUGCCCGGGAUUUAGGUAGAUCUACCACUUAGCUGUCCUCAAUGGUUUGCUUGUGACACCCCGUGCACAAACAAAGGGGGGAGUGUAGCCGCUGUUAUCAACACCGGCAUGGCGUAGCUGCUGGAAUCAGCAUCACAUGUUUAACCUCUGUAGCCACUGCCAUCACCAUCGGCAUGGCGUAGCUGCUGGCAUCAGCAUCACAUGUAUA